AUGAAUGUUACCAGCAAUGCUUAUUAUACUUCACAAUAUCUAAGCGAACAACAACAACAGAUUAAGUAUAAAGUUCCAACUCCACAAGAUUAUUUCUUAGAACAAAAUCAGAAAAAAUUACAAAAUCCUUUUAAAAUUAAAGUUAAAAACCAGCAACAACCAAUUAUGAAUAAUAUAAGACCAAAAUCGUCGUCAACAACAACAUCACCUAAAAAUAAUUCACCAACUAGUAUAAAUAUAUCAUCACGACCUCAAGAAAUUGAAUUUGAAAUAGAUUCAGACGAUCAAUUGGAAGAAGAGAUUACACCAGCUCAAUUAAAUUAUAUUUCUCAAAAUUAUAUCCCCAAACCGAAAUCACAACCAAUAAAUUUGCAAAAACCAAAGAAAAAAAUCAACAAAAACAAUAAUUAUUAUUUAAAUCAAAAGAAAGAUUAUGAUUUAGCCGAUAUGUCAAUGAAACCAAAAUUAUAUACUCAUAGAACGUUUAGAGAAGUAUUCCAAGACAAAUCAGAGAAUUUGAAUAAGUAUAACCCCAUGGAUUCAGUUUUUGAAAAUAGUAAAAAUUUCCAUUCAUAUAGUAAUAAUUUAAAUGAAGAUGAAAAGGAUUCAUCACCAACUAAUAACUCGAAAUCAACAGCGUCCAAGUUUUUCAAGACUGUUAAGUUCAUGAAAGAUGAUUAUAAUGAUUACAAUUACUACGACCAUAGAACUAAAAAGAAUGCGGUUAAAGAUAUAUUUGUUACUGAAAAUGGUUCAGAUGAUGAUGAUGAAGAUAAUAAUGGGAUAACAGAAGUGGAUGAAAAUGGUUUGUUGGUGGAAGGUCAAGAGAAGAAAUCUAAAAAAAAUAUGAAGUUCAAAUCAAUGUUGAAGAAAAGAAUAAGACAAGCUAAAAAGGAUUUAGGUAAAGAUUUUGAUUCUCAUGUUGAUAAUCUGAAGAAAGUUAAAACUCCACAAGAUGAUGAACCUAAAGAGCUAGAAGCACAACCAAUUUCCAAAGAAUUAGUACCUAUCAACAAAGGAUAUUUGGGGACUUAUGUUAAUCCUUGUAUGAAUUAUGUGUGGUCAUGGGUAGAUUAUUAUAAACAAGGUAAAACUUCAGAUCUACCACCACAACAACAACCCAAUAAUUCCAAAGCAUUUGUCAAAUCUUCACAGCAACGGGGACCCAAACCAAAAAAAUUCAAGAAAUUGACUCAAAGUUCCAAAACAUUAUUUACAAAUUGGAAUGAACCAGCAAAUAAAAUGUGGAAUCAAAAACAAAUUAUAGCCAGAAAUCAACAACCACAAUCAACUCAUCAACAUCCUCAUCAUAAUUUAUCAUCAAGCGAGACUUUAACAGCUGAAGAUUACCCUAAAGAAUUUAUAAUAGAAUAUGAUUCAAAUGAUGAGGAAAACUACUUGAGUAAAAAUGGUCUGAUAAAUGAAGAGCUAUACUACAAUCCAUUAACAAAACAACUAGAAUCCCAACCACCAACAUCAUCAUCAUCAAUGAUUUCAUUAGAGUUACCACAACAACAACGUACAUUACCAAUAGUCAACAAUUCAAUUGAAAUAGUAUCUUCACUAAUUACAAUGAUCAAGAAGAUACAAAUUAUGAAACUAAUCUUCCAGCCAAUAGAUAUAAUUGGGGAGUUUUUCCCAAAUUUACAAACUAUUGUUAUUAUUAUAGAGUUAGUAUUGUUUGUUUGGAUAUUAUUUGAGUUAAGUAGAUUGAUCGAUGCUUUGUGUAUGAUGGUAAAAGCAUUUUGUGCUCCAAUGAUUGCUGUUGGUAGGUUUAUGAAUAAAAUAAUGUAA